UCCAAAAUUGUCUAUUGUUGUGAUUUGACGUCAAGAAAGCGGACGUCAUCUUGGAAUGAAAAAAUCUAAUUUUAUUUAUUUUGCUAAAAUCAUGUAACGUUAGAAUAGCUACAUGUUUCUAAGUGGAAUUUAUUAAAACUUUUGUUUUCUUUUACAAUGAUUGGCCUAUAUUAAUAUCUGAGUGGUUAAAUGUAGUUGAAUAAGUGACGCUAUUGUGUGCGGUGAUGUAAUUUAGGUGGCUUCCCAGUGCUAGCCGUUCCACAAUGGAAGAAUCCUCGUUUACUAUCCCAGCUGACGACAAUGGUGAUACUGAGCUCGAUCCUAGAAUACAGGUGGAACUGGAGAAGCUGAACGCCGCCACGGAUGAAAUAAACAAGCUGGAGUUGGAGCUAGAUGAGUCAACAAAGACCUUCCACCUGCUCCUAGCGGAGACGUCGCGGCGGCUGCAGGCGCUCAGCAAGCGGCUCGGCUCGUGCGUGGACAAGUCCCGCCCGUACUACGACGCGGGGGCCGCAGCCGCCGCCGCCAGGGCCGACUGCCAGAAGGCGGCCGUGCAGUUUCAGAGGGCUAGCGAACUUCACGCGGCUGCCAAGGAGACGGUGACGUUGGCGGAGCAGCGCUUCGUGAGCAAGCAGGACGAGUGGCAGUUCGACAGCAACUGGCAGGAGGUGCUCAACCAUGCCAUCAUCAAGGUUAUGGAUGCAGAGAAGAGGAAGGCAGACAGCGGUCGCGAACAUCAAAAGAAAGCAGCGAACUACAUCGCGGCUGAGCGAAAGGUGGCACAACUGGAGGACUCGUUAAAACGCAACAUAGUCAAGUCGCGCCUCUACUUCGAGGAGAAGAAACUGUGCGACGAACAACUGCAGACGCAGAACGAGAAGAUAGAGAAGCUACAGAAGCUCAUAGCCGACGCCAAGGGCCGCUACUCCAAGUCUCUGAAGGCGCUUGAGGAGAUUUCUGAAGAGAUACAUCGCAGUCGCGGGGAAUACCCACCAGAUAAAGAUCCCAUACCAGUGGGUCCCCGAGAGCCGGGCGUGGGCGCGGAGCGGGACCCAAUCAUCGACGAGGACCAACUAGAACCGAAGCCGGAGACCUCCGACCCCUCCGCCGACAUCGACGACGAGUCCAGCCUCAAACAACUGCGCAUGCGCGUGCGGGAACUAGCCCUCAAACCCAUAGACAGCAAGGACGUCGAGACAGACGACGCCUGGGCGCUGGAACUGAACGAGACCAUCAACAAGCUAGACCAACUACUCAUGAUGAAGGAGAGCAACCAGCAGAAGAGGUCGAAGUUCACGGAAAGAAAUGCCAGCGCCCCGUCCACUAGCACCAACUCUGGCAACAAAUCCGUACCUCCGAGUGACGCGUGGAAUAGUGGAUCCAAUUUAAACAGGACCAAGUCCAGAAGCCGUGAGGCUGUAGUCGAGAAUUCAAUACCUUUGACCAAGACUGAGAAGUCAAAAAGUAUGAUGUCAUUAGAUGUGCUAGCGUUAGCUAGAGACACGACUAUUUUAGAUAGAGAGUCUUAUUUGAAGGCUGUGAUUGAGGAUAAGUCUCCGACGUAUACUGAGAGUAACUCGGACAGAAACGAAAGUCCUGAUGAUAUCCUGAUGGUGGAAUGUGACUCCAGCGAUUCCACGCAGAACCCCGUCAUAAGAAUGACGAGCUCCACUAUAAGUGAUAGUGAUAAUAGUUAAACUUUGAUUGCUCUAAAUGUUGCUCUUUAGUCUUUGAUACUGAUUGUGUGUUUAUACUUCGUAUACAUACAAAAUUUAACGUGUAAAUCUUGGUGUUCUUAUUAGUAGUUCAGAGUAUUAUAGUUUUUAUAUUUUUUGAGCAGGGCUCUUACUUUUAUGACUUGUGAGAAAUUAUAGAUGGAAAAGCAGACUUUAGAGAGAGAGAGAGAGAGAGAGGACGGAUGCGUAUAUAUACAUACGAUUUUAUUAUUAAACCUGCCGUCGCGUCGGUGGCGGCAGAAAAACAAGCACAGAAAUCACGAAAAAAAACAACUGUCCCAUACGGGCUUCAUUCAAAGUAUCGAAGGCGGGUUGGGGGCUACUUUUAGUUAACGAAGUUUAAAAAGAAACAACUUUUAUAUAAGACUUUCGAAAUUUACGAAAAAAAAUAUUACUUUGCUAUGGCUAUAAUGUUAAUCCCGUGACUACCUAUAUGGGAAAUUACACCUUUUUCGCUAUUUUUCUAAAGACUGACAGAUGAAAGUGGCUAGGCCACGUUAUGGUUGUAACCAUGGUAUUGGCAACAUCCUAGAUUAUAUCUAAUCUUUGUGUUUAUGCUAUUAUAUGUUUUUAAUAUGAUUUUAAGUUGCAAUAGAAAAGCGAAUCUGACACUAAUAUACUUAAACUUAUUAAAUAUAGUUAAGAUAAGUACUGACAGCUACUAUAGUUUUAGUUUUAAUUGACAUGUACUUAAGUAUGAUUGGGUUUUAUAUUAUAUUUACGAGCCAUGUUAAUCCACCGAUUCAAAUUGAGUAAGUUUUAUUAAAACGGACUAGAUUUGUUUGGUUUUUUAAGUAAUUAUAGAAGGAAACAGUGGCAUAUCCUACAUCUCGAUAUGACAUCCGCUUUCUUAACACGCCAAUAGGUACGGUACAGUCAGCUCCAAUAUACUGCAUCUAUACACUUUUUUACCUUGUGAAAAGGAACUUUUACAAACCGCCAAUGAAGUAAUUGGCAUUGUUCAUACAAAUUAGUUUUUCCUGAACACAAAACCUGACUCAUUUGUUACAUUUAGACAUGGUAUAAAAUGUUGUUGGAGUCAACUGUAGAAUAGAAUUCUACUUUAUUGACUAAACUGUACUUAUUUAUAUCAGUGAAAAUAAUUGGAGGACACAUACUGCUUCAUCAACAGCCUUUAGCUUAGAGAUCGACAACAAAGUUAGCGUUGUCGUAAUCUAAAGUCUGCUUUUUAAUCACAGAUAAUAAGUUGACAGAUUCUGAACGGUUAAUCAACAGUCGAUUGUCCCGCCAAUAGAACAAUAGGUCAGCUAAUCACUGGACAAUCGACUGUAAUUUAGUAUCUGAGUUUAAAAUACAGACUUUUGUAUUAGUAUUCGUAUUUUUACUAAAAAGGUUGUUUACUAUUGUAGUUAAAUUAUUAUUUACCUUGAUAUGUAUUAUUAAGUGUAUUUAUAUGUUAAAAUAUGAAAAAAACCGAAUGAUAGUCGUUAUGAACUUAAAAAAAACUAACAAGACUAACUUUAAAAGGAUAAAAGUACCUAUAAUAUUAGAUAAGUAUAUCAAACUGUUAUUUCUGAUAUAUUUUAUAACACGAUUGUAUUCAAUAUUUUUGUUAAUUCAUAGUGAAUGCAUUUAACACGGCACUGUGUGAUAGAAUGACUGAGUGAUUAAGGUACUUUAAAAUUAACUAUAAACGUUACUAUUUUAAAACAUUCUCAAAAAAAAAAUUCACUCACUGUAAUACACUUUUCAUAAUUCACUGAUGCACCAUUUUACUCUUAUGGAAUAAAUAUAGUGAUCAUCUCUUUGUACUUUACAAUUUAAAAUUCUACACUAGUCUUCUUCACUAAACAUUAGAGUGUCGAUUGAGAGCUCAAAACUUACUGUAACUAACGGUUGAAUAAAUCUAUGAAGCAAACAAG